UGCGCGUCCCGUCUAGGUUUCCACAACUGUUAUUUUCCUAACAUUUUUUUUUCCAUGUGGAGUGUAAUCGUCAACGCUGUUUAACGGGGGGAAUCCAGCCCAUAUAUUUAUUGUAGCCGCUCUUGAAUAUUGUGCUCAAGAUGGCCGCCGAUGUGGGAUCGAUGUUUCAAUAUUGGAAGAAAUUUGAUCUCCGGCGGCUUCAGAGGGAGCUAAACUCAGUGGCGGCCCAACUCGCAGGCCGACAGGAGGAGAGCGAGGACUCCCAUAAACACCUGGUGGAACUGAGCCGUGAAUUCAAGAAAAAUGUCCCAGAGGAGGUGUUGGAGAUGGUUUCGCCCGUCCUCAAGAGUUUCCAAGCUGAGGUGGUUGCGUUGAGCCAGCGCAGUAAGGAGGCGGAGUCUGCGUUCCUGGGAAUAUAUAAACAGCUGAUCGAGGCCCCAGAUCCGGCUCCGCUGCUGGAAGCCACACAGGAGCGACUGGCAGAUCUACAGCGUCCGGCCCCUGAGGGUGAUGCUCUGGUCACAGAAACCUCUGAGAACUGGAGGAGACACCUGAAGUGCCUUGACAAAACAGAUCACACAGAGGAGGGGCCUGUAACCGUGGAGACGGGGGAAACGUCGACUCAGCGGCCCAUGAUGACACCACACAGCACACAGAACGCCCCGCUCCAAAAGGACCCGCAGGAAGGGGAGGAACAUGAAUCAGACAUUUCACUGCCUGUCAGACUCGGCCAGGCUGAGGACCGGAUCAAAGCGCUUCAGUCAUCGCUGACCUCGGCCCGAACAGAGCUGCAGGAGCUGAGGUGUAAAUACGACAAGGAAAAGGCGGAAAAAGUGGAGGAGAUGGGAGCUCUAAUGGUGAACCUGGAGAAGGCCAACCAGAGAGCAGAUUUGGCCCAGAGGGAGGUGGAGAGGCUGAGGGAGCAGCUCGCCGGCACUCAGAGCACUUCUAAAGGGACCGGCCCGUCUGAAGACCGACCCAACGAGGAGAGGGAGCGUGAGGAGCGAGACGAGGGCUCGCUGUCACGGCUGGAGGUGGUGCUGUUCUCCAAGGACAGAGAGAUCCUCAGACUGCUCGAGAACGUCCAGAGACUCCAGUUCACCUUACAGGAAGUCCAGGACUCAUCGGCCAAUCAGAUAGCAGAGCUGGAGCGGCAGCUGGCCUAUAAGUCAGAAGCUAUAGAGACCCUGGAGGCCAAACUACAGUCUCAGAUGGAUUAUGAAGAGAUCAAAACAGAACUCAGCAUCCUGAAAGCCAUGAAACUGGCAUCAGCCAAUGGAAGUUCAUCCCAGGAAUCGGCCAAAACCACUGAGGCACUGCUGCUGGACAAAGAAGCCUUUCUCCCCUCUCACAAAUUUCUUGUGGAUAAAGUCCGAGUUUCACACAACAGCGAUGAGGGUCAUUCUGAGGACUCCAGCAAGAACGUGAGUCGCCCGGCGGGGUCGUAUUCCUCUCCUCCAGGAACACUGCCCAUAAAUGGGCGCACUUCCUCCAGCCCAGGCCCGCCCAACACUGACACCCCCUCCUCCACCCACGAACUGCCCCGCCCCUUCUCAGUGUCACCCUUCUCAGGCGAGAAACAUCCCGGAGAUCAGCUCCUGCAGAAGCAGCUCCUGUCUCCCCUCUUCAAGAAAGACGGCUCCUCCAUCUUGGCGUUCCCCACCGCCCUCUACGCGGCUAAAGCGGCCCUCAUGUCAGCCAAUCAGAACGCCUCCAUGCCAGUCGCAAUGGAGACGGGCAUGCCAAGCGACCAAUCGGAGAGCGGGAGCUCAGGGGGCGGAGACGACGACCAGGUGGACACUGCAGAAAUCGCUUUUCAGGUCAAAGAGCAGUUACUGAAACACAACAUCGGUCAGCGUGUGUUCGGUCACUACGUGCUGGGCCUCUCACAGGGCUCGGUCAGCGAGAUCCUGGCUCGACCCAAACCCUGGAGAAAACUCACCGUCAAGGGCAAAGAGCCUUUCAUCAAGAUGAAGCAGUUCCUGUCAGAUGAGCAGAACAUCCUGGCAUUACGCACCAUCCAGGUCCGCCAGCGAGGGAGCAUCACUCCUCGCAUCCGAACUCCUGAAACUGGGUCAGAUGAUGCCAUCAAGAAUAUUCUAGAGCAGGCCAAGAAGGAGAUCCAGUCACAAAGAGGCGAGUGCAAGUCGUCUCUGGGCUGUUCGUCGGGCCGGAACAGCUCUGGAGGAAGCAGCAGUUCUGACGAAACCAUCAAGAGCAUCCUGGAGCAGGCCCGUCGGGAGAUGCAGGCGCAGCAACAGGCCCUGCUGGAGAUGGAGGUGUGCGGUCGGGGGUCCAGCAGCGAACGUCUCGUCCCGCAGGAUCCCGCCAAACCUCAGCCGCCCCCCACAUCGCCCUUCAUCAAACAAGAAGAGGGCGUGUCAGUGCCGGUGUGCGUGUCCAAUCCCGCCGGCAGCCCUCAGACGCCUCUCAGCGUCCUGUCACCCGCCGCCUUCGUCCAAAACAUCAUCCGGAAAGUCAAGUCUGAGAUCGGGGAAGCCGGCUCGUAUUUCGACCAGCACUGGUCCGUGGAGCGCAGCGCUGUGGUGAUGGGAAUGAGCGGCGCCUCUCACCCUUUCACCUCCGUCUCUCCCUCGCUCUCCUCCUCUUCGUCCACAUCAAUGCCUCGUCCCUGGCCUCGGAUGGAGAACGGAGACUGUCCCGCGAACGGCGAGGAAGCGUCCGCGCCGGAGGACGAGCCCGUGUCGGGUCGGCAGGUGGAGAUUAAAGUGGAGCCGGACGUGUCGGUCAGCGGUGAGACGCCCUGUGGAGCGGGACGGGUGUCGUACUUCCCCUCGUACAUCCCUCGAACCCUGAAGCCCACCGUCCCGCCGCUGACCCCCGAGCAGUACGAGAUGUACAUGUACCGAGAGGUGGACACCCUGGAGCUGACGCGGCAGGUGAAGGAGAAGCUGGCCAAGAACGGGAUCUGCCAGAGGAUCUUCGGAGAGAAGGUGUUGGGUUUGUCUCAGGGCAGUGUGAGUGACAUGUUAUCCAGGCCUAAACCCUGGAGCAAACUCACUCAGAAGGGACGCGAGCCGUUCAUACGCAUGCAGCUCUGGCUGCUGGAUCAGCUGGGUCACGGACUCAACCAGCUGCCCAACCACAGCCUCAACCAGGAUAAGAGCCCCGUGACGACCCGCUCGUCCCCGUCCCCUCCUCUGAGUCCUGAAGACGGUCAGCCCAACAUGAGCCUGGAGCCCGUGAGUCUGGCGCUGGAGAGCAGUAAGGAGAACCAGCAGCCUCAGCGUGUGGAUCCUCACGGAGGGAAGAGCAGCCCGUGUGUGAGCGUCCCCCAGCAGACACACACACCGCUGGGCAUCCAGGAGCUGGUGGCCAUGUCUCCGGAGCUGGACACGUACGCCAUCACCAAGAGAGUGAAGGAAGUUCUGACGGACAACAACUUGGGUCAGCGUCUGUUUGGAGAGAGCAUUCUGGGAUUGACCCAGGGUUCAGUGUCUGAUCUGCUGUCCAGGCCGAAGCCCUGGCAUAAGCUCAGUCUGAAGGGUCGAGAGCCAUUCGUCCGCAUGCAGCUGUGGCUCAACGACCCGCACAACGUGGACAAACUCAGAGAUGUCAAGAAAAUGGAGAAGAAAGCGUAUCUGAAGAGGCGAUACGGUCUGUUGAGUCCCGGCUCAGACAGCGAUUCCCCCGGCGCUCAUUCUGACUGCAUCAGUCCAGGUCUGACCCCGCUGGAGCUCUGCCCGUUCAGCCAAGCCAAGAAACCUCGAGUGGUGCUGGCGGCGGAGGAGAAGGAGGCUCUGAGGAAAGCGUAUCUCCAGGAGCCGUACCCCUCUCAGCACACCAUCGAGAUGCUGGCCGCCCAGCUCAACCUCAAAACCAACACCGUCAUCAACUGGUUCCACAACUACAGGUCCCGUAUGCGGCGAGAGGUCCUGAUGGAGGGCCUCCAAGACAACGACACGGACGCCGAACACAACAACUACUCCCCCCUGGCGUCCCACAGCCCCGCGUCGGACCGGGACGACAGGAAUCAGCUCUCGGGCGCCCACGGUCGACGCUUCAGCUUCAAGCAGGAGGACGAGGACGAGGAGCUGCGUGUGAGGCAGGCCAAAUGUUUCUCCGUGGGCAUCCAGUUCUCUCCGCUGAAGAGCGACCCGGGCCGAGGGGACGAGGAGGUGGGCCUCAGUCAGGGUCCUCAGAGGAACAGCUCAGCGGAGUCGCCCGAGGACCCCGUCAGCUUCAAAGCUUCGUCCGAACCGUCCCGGAGCAGCCUGGAGGUGUCCCUCAACUCGCCCUCGGCCGCUUCCUCGCCCGGCCUCAUGAUGUCCGUGUCCCCCGUCCCGUCCUCGUCCGCCCCCAUCUCUCCAUCGCUGCCCUCCCUUCCGGCCCCGACCAACUACAGCCUGGAGUCGCCCUCGCUCAACCCCAAACUCAACAAAAGCACUCAGAGACGCAACGAGAAGAUGGCCAACCUCAACAACAUCAUCCAUCGGCUGGAGCGGGCCGCCAACCGCGAGGAAACGCUCGAGUGGGAGUUCUAGGAGGAGACCGUCGCACGGGAAAACCCUAUUUAUAAACACGUUUUAGCUAUUUUGAUAAAGCAACUUUGAAUUCUACGUCGCAGCACUAGCUGGUGUUGUUUUAAACAGCGGAGGAGAGAAACGCAGCGUAGCGGUGUCAUGAAAUGCACACUGACGUCUUGUAGAUUGCCACUGGGUGAGAUUAUUCAAAUAAAAGACCUCUGUCUUAAGCCAUCAAAAAAGCACUACUUAUUUAAAACAAACAACAAAAAGAGAGAGACAAUGACCAAAUUUGCUAAUUUUUGAAUAGCAAUUUUUCAACUUUUGUCUGUAAGACGGGACACGGAGUCGAGUGACGUGCGACAGCUUCACUCUGACCGAGGGAUAGUCCUUAAAGACUCUAAAUAGUGAACACUGCGUAUGUAUUUAGUUUCUCGGUGACAUGUUUUGGAACUUUUGUUAUACAAGCGUACAACGUGUGAUUGUGUGUGUGUUGUAGAAAUCGUCUGCAAUAGCCUUCUCUGAACAAGAUGUAGCAUGGAACAUAAUUUACCCUCUAUUUCCUCUCUAGAUAGUAACCUGUGAUAUACUUGAGCGAUACUAUAAAAAGAGAAAAACGGCAAAAAACUAGAAAAAAGGAAAUGUUUAAAAAAAAAAAAAAAAAA